AAACCCUUGCAGAACCCUCGCGGCUUUCACCUGAAAUCUGGACUAACCGGAAACUAUUGGCGUUGGGUUUCGGCUGAUCGUUGUGGGUUAUCAAAUUCUGAAAUUUACUUAGCACGAGAGAAGUGGAAAUAUGAGAUUCAAGAAGCAAAAGCGUCACAGGAAGACGGUGAGAUUCUUCAGCGUGUGCUUCGGUUUCAGGCAGCCAUUCAAGGUUCUCUGCGAUGGAACUUUCGUACACCACCUUCUUCACAAUGACUUAACACCCGCAGACAAAGCUCUCUCCAAUUGUCUUUCUGCCCCCGUCAAGCUUUUCACCACCAGCUGUGUUCUGGCCGAGCUGAUAAAACUCGGUGCUGCACAGUCUGGAUCAUGCCAAGCUGCUCGUAAACUCGCAGUUGCAAGAUGUGAUCAUGAGAAGAAGGUCAGUGCUGAUGCUUGCAUUGAGGAGGUUAUUGGAGAAAAUAAUCUUGAACAUUUUUUUGUUGCUACUCAGGAUGCUGAUCUCCGGAAGAAACUUCAGAAGGUGCCUAAUGUUCCUCUAAUAUUUGGUCUACGAAAUGCCCUUUUCCUUGAGCAACCAUCAAAAUUUCAGCGUGAUUUUGUCAAAUCUUCUGAAGAAAAACGCCUACAUUUGACUGAGAAGGAAUUUAAGGCACUAGAGAAGAGGACUACUAGCAUUUCAGCAAAUGCAGAUGAAGAAGAUUCGGUUGAUGAAGAUGGUUUGGGUCGUCACAAUCCAGGGUUGCAGCCACACAAUACCAGGAAUUAUUCAGGAAAGGAAAAAGAUGUGAAGGACAGAGUUCGAUUUAAAAGAAAGAGAGCCAAGGUACUUUUCCUUAUCCAUCCUCAGACUUGUACCAGUUUGGUCAGAAUUGUACUUUGCACGUCUAUAGCCUAAUCGUUGCAGAAGAUUAUAUGGUUUGUUAAUUUUCUAUCUGAGAGUGCAAGUUUCCUAAAUUGCAUUUGGAAAUGUUACCAAGGAUUCAUGACCAGAAUAUGUUAGUCGGAAACACAAAAAUGUAAACAA